AUGGGUAAGCAGUAUAUAACAACAGUGAGUGCAUCACAGGCACACAAGUCAGAUAUUCUAGGACUAGCAAUCACGCCAAGGUAUACAAUAACCGUUUCUAGUGAUGGAUAUGCCAAAUUCUGGGACAACAAAAAGGAUGAGGUUCACAAUCCGAAGGAGUUUGUUCAAUCAGUUUUCGUUGACAAGAGUGGUAUUCACCAUUUAGCAGUUUAUGAGAACAAGAUACCGAGUUCAACUAUAAAAGUCACUAUUGUUGCAUUUGGAUGUUUUAACGGAUUGAUGAAGUUCAAGCAAUUUGUCAAUGAUGAUUUAACGACUUUGCAAGAUUGCGAUUUCGAAUUGAGCAAGAGCUGGGUACCCGGAUUCUACGUCGACCCAGAAUCGAAGCAGGAUUACUUUAUAGUAAACAAGAUGAAUGGGGUUACGGAAGUGUACACUGUUACAGUCACCGCAGAAAAAGAUAAAGCCGACUCUAUCACAUUUACAAAGUAUGGUGACUUACGAAGCGGAGCCACACCAAACUCAUCAUCAUCAUCAUCGUCAUCAACAACAACAUCAUCAUCAUCACCAUUUGCAAUCUCCCUAGCAGUAAAUCAAACCGACAAUAAAAAAUGUGCUGUGGGAUACAUCAAUGGAGAUGUCCUCUUGUACGAUUUCCAAAAUCUAAAAGUGGUGUAUACAUUCAGAUCAACUGACCUAGUGGUUAGCAGAAACCCCAAACUCAACUCGUCAUCAUCUUCGUCAUCAUCGAUUCCCCGUGCAAUUGCAUUCUCACCUGGUGGUACACUACUAGCAGUAGCAAGAGAUAACCAAGCCGCAGGGUCAAUCACCUUGUACGAUGUUCAAUAUGGUGAAAACGUGGGGACGUUGGCAACUCCAUCGCAUUCUGCCAAAAGUGGUGUCGUUGGAGGAUUUGCCCACCAAGGAUGGAUCUUGGGUCUUGAUUUUGAUCAAGAAGGGAAAAACUUGGUAUCUUGUGGGUUUGACAAAUGUGUACGUGUGUGGAAUUUGGAAACCAGUGAACGUGAAGCAACGAUAAAUAUCUCAAUAACCGAUUUAGAUGAUGCUAGCAAUGAUGACCUGCAGGAUGAAAGCGUUGCUAGUGGUGUUAAAUUUAUUGGUAAAGGUGUUAGAGGGGGUGCUGGUGGUGAUAGUAACGAAGGGAUUUGCGUAAUCAGUUUCGAUAGAGGUAUUAGAUGGUACAGAGAAGCCGGUGGUGUAUAG